CAGUUCCGCAUUUCCUCUGCAAGAGUUGAACUGCGAAAACGUUAGAAGUGUUGGUUCGGUGGCUGCGUUUGCUGGUUAUCAGCUGAUUCCAGUGUGUGGCAGCUUGGACGUGAAUUAAAAACAAUGUCAAAGCCUAAAUUAAUAACUGUGCGGGUGCAGUCACCAGAAGGCACAAAAAGAGUGGAUGUGGAGCCUUCAGAUUCGAUUUUCCAACUUUUUGAAAAAGUGCACGAGACGUUCGGCCUGAACAGCUACGCCUUCGCGCUGUACCGGGAGCGCAGCCAGCGCGGGGAGCUGGUGUCGUCGCGCAGCCGCACGCUGCGCAGCGGCGGGGUGCGGCACGGCGACCUGCUGUACAUGGUGCCACUGGACGGGGCGGCGCUGUGGGCGGAGCCCCGGGCCGGCCCCAGCUCGCUGGACGCGACGGGGCCCGAGCCGGUGAGGUCCCGGCCCUCGACGGCCGUGCCCGAGGACGAGGUGGACCUGCUGCUGUGGAAGAUGGACGGCAAGAUCCAGCGCCGGAGGGACGACAAGUUCUGCCGGCACGGGGAGAACGCCUGCUGCGUGCACUGCUCGCCGCUGGAGCCCUUCGACGAGGACUACCUGAAGGAGCAGGAGGUGCGCCACAUGUCGUUCCACUCGUACCUGCGCAAGCUCACCGCCGGCGUGGACAGGGGCAAGUUCAUAAACCUGGAGGACGUGAGCUGCCGCAUCAAGCCGGGAUGCAAGGACCACCCGCCCUGGCCCAGGGGCGUGUGCUCCAAGUGUCAGCCCAACGCCAUCACACUCAACCGCCAGGUGUACCGGCACGUGGACAACGUGAUGUUCGAGAACGCCCACCUGGUGGAGCGCUUCAUCAACUACUGGCGCACCACGGGCCACCAGCGCCUGGGCGUGCUGUUCGGCCGCUACGAGAUCCACACGGACGUGCCGCUCGGCAUCCGGGCCACGGUCGCCGCCAUCUACGAGCCCCCGCAGGAGAGCACGGUGAACGGCAUCGACCUGCUGCCCGACCACAACGCGGCCGUGGUGGACGACCUGGCCCGCCAGCUGGGCCUGAGGCGCGUCGGCUGGAUCUUCACCGACCUGGUGGCCGACGACGUCAAGAAGGGCACGGUGAAGUACGAGCGCAGCAUCGAGAGCCACUUCCUGUCGGCGGAGGAGUGCAUCACGGCGGGCCACUUCCAGAACCAGCACCCCAACCCCUGCCGCUUCUCCCCGGUCGGCUUCUUCGGCUCCAAGUUCGUCACCGUGUGCGUCACGGGCGACCAGAGCAACCAGGUGCACAUGGAGGGGUACCAGGUGUCGAACCAGUGCAUGGCCCUGGUGCGGGACGACUGCCUGGUGCCCACCAACGUGCCGGAGCUGGGCUACGUGCGCGAGUCCUCGGACAAGCAGUAUGUGCCGGACGUCUACUACAAGGAGAAGGACGGCUACGGCAACGAGGUGCCGCGCCUGGCGCGCCCGCUCCCCGUCGAGUACCUGCUGGUGGACGUGCCGGUCUCGACGCCGCUCACGCCGCUGCACACCUUCCACGCAGACGACGCCGUCACCCCCUUCCCCGUCGAGAACCGGCUGGUGGACGGACACAUCCAGGACUUCGGCGCGCUGGGCAGCUACAUGCAGCAGUUCCCGAGUGACCGCUUCCUCGACGCCAUCUCUGACUUCCACCUGCUGCUCUACAUAGCGUGCAUGGAGAUCAUGCCCAUGAAGGACUACUUGGGGCCCGUGCUGGAGGCGGUGCGCACCAGGAACGCGGAGGCGGCCCUGGACUGGUCCCAGUCGGAGCACUGGGGCACCGUGCAGCAGCUCAUCUCGGCCAGCACGGCGCCCGUGCCGGCGCUCACCCCGCCCCUGCAGCGCGGCCCCGGCGCGGCGGACGCGGCGGGCGCGGGCGGGGGAGCGGGGCGUGCUGAGGUGUGGACCUGCGCGCACUGCACCUUCCUGAACCCCCCGGAGCUGGCCACCUGCGAGAUGUGCCGCCUGCCGAGGUAAUGCCCCGGCGUCCACCCUCGCCGCCCACAUGAUCGUCUCUUCACCAAGUCCUGCUCCGGGUGGUGCACUUCUUUUUUUUUUUUUUAAUCUAGUUCCCUUGUGAAAGUAUUAAAGAAUUUUUGGUAAUCGAAUACUUUUAUCCUUCAAACAUUCAUGUGUACUACGUCGGGCUUCAUACUGCUCCGAAACUACUUGUUCGUAAUUUUUUAAGCACUUUUGUUUCCACAGUACAUAUGUAGCUAUGCAAUUUUUUUUUUUUUUUUUUUUUUUGGCAUUUUCGGGUAUGAUGUGAUCACAGUGUACACACAUUUUUGGUGUGGUUUUGAAAACACAUUGUACUUCCCUUACUUUUUAACAUUGUAAUUUUUUUUUUAGGAUAUAGUAGUUCUUAAGUUUUGUGAAGGAACGAGUUAAUGCUUGUGUGUAGAUUCUAAUAAGUAAACUUGUAAUGUGGCUUAUAAGUUUCACCAAAGUAUUGUCGUAGUUAUUUUUCCAGCUGAAAAAUUUUUGGCAAAUUAAAAAGUGUUGCUAAAUUAUUGUGCACUGUAUUUUUUUUUUCUCCUUGGAUAUGUAUUUGUAAUGGUGUUAAAGUUUCUGUCUGUUCACCUGUGCAGAAUAGUCAACAGACAAUUUUAAAAACAUGCACAGUGAAUUGUCAUGAAAAAAUGUAGAAUAUUUUGGAUAACAUUGUGAAGCAGUGCAUUCUCCAUUUUGAGUUGCUAAGGAUGUGGUAAGUGGGUUCUGAAAUUUUUUUUUUUUUAUUUAUGCACUGUGUUAUAUUUUUUGGUGAAUUGUAUCUAAUGUAUAUUUUGAGUGUUGGCUGGCUUGCAACAAAAUCUCUCCAAAUUGAUUCAUUUUUUUGUAAUUGCUGCAAGUGCGACGGUUUUGAGUCUACAAGAUCACUUAAAUUUUUUUUUUAUCAAAAGCUUGUUUAUUUGCAUUGCUUUUGUGUGUAAUUUAAUGGAUACUUAAAAAAAAAAAUGUGAUGGCCUGAUUUUAUUUUUAUUUUUUAUUUUUUUCAAAUUUAUCAUAUAGAAAUAAAAGUGUUCUUUGUUGUUGCUUGUUACUUCAGUAAAUCCAGUGGAAGACUGGCCUUCUUUCGAGGUGGGAUUUUACACGUUGUAAACGUGCGUCAGCCAUUUUUCACAAUAUUGCUUUCCAACGGAAAUCCACAUUAUGCAUUGUGAAGAAAACAGAAUUGCAGUGCAAACUUAAAAACAGAUAUUCGCGCAGGUCCAUCAAAUAACAAAUCAUUCACAAUUAUCAAAUCUUGAUAGGAAUGUAUGUUCCUGAAGGGGAGGGGGUGAAGGGUUUUGUGAUUCUGAAAAUGAUUUGGCGAAGAAGGGAAAAAAAAACUAUCUUUGCCUCUUUGCCGUAUUAUUUCAUAGCAACGGUAGAGGAGCCACACGCAAUCCAUCACUUCCAAGUCCAUUUCCAGAAUGAGCCAGUGCGCUGCACGCCCUAACGGUCGUCGAAAGCCGAGCUAAAUGUGAGGUGAGUACGCUGCUAAUGCGCGUCUAACGUAACACCCAACGCCUAAUGUAUUAAGGCCUUUGGCCACAGGGCUCACCAAACUUCAAACAGUGAGUGACAGCUACGAAAAGUUAAAACAAUUGACGGCAUGGUUAUUUUUUCUUUUUCUUCCUACAAUGCAACAUCGUGAAAAAAAUGGCUGAGAGUGUUCAGCGAGUAAAUCCUUCCUCCGGCCGAGCACGGCCGCCGCGAGACUGCGGUCGUUAUCGGCCGGUGAGGGAAACCGUGGGAAACCUAGCGGGGAGCAAUCUUUCCAGGAACGCUCUCGGCCGCGUUUCCUUUUCCCGCCGGCAGCGCAGAGAUGGCUGGCUAUGCCGUUAGCCAAUGGGUGAUCUCCGUCGUGAAACGCUCGCUUGGCAGCGGUAACUACUACUUAACUGCUGCUGUGCACCAGCAAAUAUUUAAAUUAAAAUUAUUGCUCGAAUAAUUUCCACUAUGAGAGCAUUUCAUGGCAUUGUUGCCACCAGUGCUGUAUUUGGAACACAUUUCUUAUAGUACAUUCUGGAUUUUUUAUCAAGCUAUUUUAAAUGCAAACAUUUUCACAUUUUCUAGUAGCAAUCAAAUAUUCUUGCUUAUCCAUCAACCAUUUUUCCUCGAAAGGUAUUGCUUGCUCAUGAUAAAAAAAUUAUCGGAAGAUAGAAUUUCAUUUCCAUUUUAAAUUAUAAGUAAAAACAAUUUACCCAAAUAUUUUUUUUUUAACUAUCUGGUAGGGAUGUGCGAAUCUUUGAUUUUCAGUUCGGUUCGAAUCCGAUCCCUGGAAAUAUUUGAGAUAUGAAUCUGAUUCUGAAUAUUAAGCACAGAAUAAUUAAAAAUAACUGAUUAAUUUAAAAAUGAUGUGUGUUCUCUUUUUUCUAACUGUAACUACUGGCAAUUAUUUAUUACACUGAGAUUGAAAUGUUUAUAAUUAUGUAAACUUAAUUAAUAAUAAACACUUUAAAAUAUGAAAACCAAAACAUAUUCCAUUCUCCAACUCAAUCGUAAUAAACUGCACGCCACAGGGAAAUCUCAGUUUUAUAAACGCUUCAGCAAAUGAAACCAUUUUUUUCUCCAAUAAAUAGCCAAGACUUUUUUUCUUGUAGGUAUGUAAUUGUUUUUAGUUUAUAGUUUGCUAUACGAUGAAAUUCGUAAUUAUAGUUUAAGCUCUCGAAAUCUCUAAAUUCUUUUAAUGUCACUGUGUUAAUAAUUAUUUAAUUUACAUAUCUUUCUUUGAUACAUCAUAUUAUAAAUACUUACGUUAUAGUAGCCCAAUUUUAUUUUUCACUGCUAGUAUUUUUGAGCAUAUUUAAAUUAAUUUAUAACUUUUGUGAAUAUUCGUAAUACUGUUCGAAUCCAUGUACUACAACGAUUCCGGGUUAGGGUAAUUGAGGAUUCGAACCGUACCCGAAAAUAUUGGGUACUCGCACAUCCCUACUAUCUGGUCUUUUAAAUUUAUCACUUUUAACACUGACUUUUGAUUAUUUUGUGUGGAACUUAUCCCUCUGUGACUGCCAGACCAUAUUUGCUCAGUGGCUGCCGGUACAAAAGGGACUCUUCUCUUUGUGCUCAGUUCGUCGUCACUCUGACAAUAUCGUUUCAUUUAAGUACUGUCCUUCGCGCCUUACAAAAAAAACUUAUUUGAAAUAUGAGCAUUAGCAUUUCAAAGUUUUGCUUUAAAAAUUACUCAGAAAGCUUUUUUAAAAAGUUAAAAAAAAAAAAAAAAUCUGAAAGAUUGUUCUUUCUAGGAUUUUCAUUUUAUUUAUUUUUUUGUUUCGUACGUUAAUAAUGUAUAGAAAAUGAAUAUGAGGGCCAUGAUUUCUCCUUGUGUACUCGCAAAAAAUGUUUUUGUUCUUGUAACUUUGAUAAUGUUUCCUGCACCAACUUGGGUAGCGUGUCGUUUCCGUCGCCAUUCCGUGAAGAAGUGGCGGGCCGUCCGGGCGUGAUGUCGAGGGUUGGAGGUUGUACGUUUUGUGUUCUGUAGUUGGCAGUUCGCUUACAGUAGAUGUUGUGAUGGUGGCACCCGUGAUCUUGUAAGACUGAGUGUGUGUUUCAGGCACCAGGGGCAGGGAGCUGUGUAAUUAGCUCCGUUUUGUGUCGCCGUUUGUUCUUAGACGAUGCCAUUAAACCAUUUUGAAAAA